GAUUUUCCUCACAAAGCAGCGAAAACCUCAACCCGAAGCCAAACCCACCCUGUGCGGCUACGGGACUAUUCCCCCUCCCUCCUAAUCUUAAUCGUCUCCCUCUCCCUCUCCAUUUCUCUUCUCUGCACUCCCCUUUCGUACCCGAAUUUCAUUUACAAACUCAAUCGAAAACCCACAACCAAAACCUAAUCUAUAUCAAGCCGACCACCGCCACCACCACUUUCGCUUCUUUACAUUAGGAAACAAAGGCCUAAACUCCAAUGGAAACGAAGCAAGCUACGUCCGCUCCACUCUCAGACUCAGGUACUUCUUCUCUCAAUUCCUCUUCUUUUGAUUCUGAAAUUCAGAAUGUUCCCAAAACCAACGGUUUGAACAGUGCUACCCAAAUUAAUAACAAGAAUACAACUAUUAGUAGUAGUACGGGUUCUGGUGUUAUUGUUUCUGAUGAUGAGGGUUUUGUGAGUGGUGAAGAGGAGUUUGAAAAGGCGUUGGAGAGGCCAGUUGUGGCUGACCCAGAUGGGGAAGCCUUAGAACAGGGCACUGAACGGAAAGAUACUAAUUACUCUUUGUCGGGUUCUUCGGAGUAUUCGAUGCCGAAGGUGGAAGUGCAAAUUAAAGAGCUAUCAGCUGCCGAUGAUGACGAAAAAGGCAAUAAAAUGAAGGUUUUGGGGGGUGAAGAGGCAGAAGAAGGAGAUGGGGUUGUGUUGGGAAAAGAGGCUGAUUCAAUUGUUGGGCAUAGUUCCACUGAUGCUUCUGGUUCUAAAGCUGUUGUAGCGGAGGAAAUUGAUGGAAAGCCUGCAAUUGGGGUCGUGUCUGUGGCUAGCGAAAAUUCGAACUCAAAUUUGAAUGAACUGGUGAAAGAAAGUGAUUUUGGUGUGGCCCAAGAUGGCUUUGUUGAUGGUGUGGAGAGUAGUGAUGGAGAUAAACUUUCGAAUUUGAACGGGAAUCUGAGUUCUGUGACUGAAGGGAGCAGGAUGCGUGAGGAGAAGAAGGUGGAGGAGAGUGAGGUGAAGGGUGAGGAAGCUGUGGAGAUUAAAACAAAUGAGGCUUUGCAUGGUGAAAAUGAUGAUGCUGCACCGGUUGAAGAGAAUGCUGUUGUGAAUGGUUAUGGUGAUCGUCCAAACCCUGAGACUUUUGAACCAACUGGCCCUAAGUCAGUUGAAGCAGAUGGUGGGAAAUUUACCACCGAAGGAGACUCUGUUGUGGAAUCCAUACAAGCAGACUUUUCGGGAUCUGGAAUGACUGUUGGCGGGGAUAUAGAAGAGAUGAAGGAUGCUAAAAUCAAAGAGGUGGAGGUACCUGUAGAGGGGAGUGUGACAUCGGUUAAUGGGCCUAAUCAAAUCGGCCGUAUUGAAGAAACCAUUGAUUCAAAGGUCGAUGUGGUAGAUGCUGAAGUUGUCAAAAACUCUGAACCUUUGAGCGAAUAUAAUGUGGAAACCAGAGAAUUGGAGCCUAUAGGACCAACAACUGAAGUUGCUGGUGCUGGCAAAGACGAAAAUUUAGAUGUAGGAGCUGUGACUACGGAUAAUGUGAUAGAAAAUAUGCAUGAAAACAUGGAAGUCCACUGUAUUUCUGAAGAACUUGAAACUCUAGAUAUGGUGAAGAUUGAGCCAGAAGCUGAAUCUGAGGCAAAACAAGAGGAAUCCAAUGUGAAGAAUGCUGGUGAUGGAGUAGUAGUUGUGUCUGGUGAAGAUGUAGUUGGUGCAGAUGGUGAUGGAGCCAGGGCAGUGAACUCUGUCACUGGAGCGUGCCAUACUGAUCCAGCCAAUGAGAUCAAUCAUAUGGAAAGUGGUCAUGCCGAGAAAUCUGAUGCACCCAACUUCCCUGGGUCAGGUUCGACUCCAAAUCGACAAUUAAUUGUAGAAGCUGAAGAUGAAGCAAAAAAUCCGAUAGACGAUGAAGGUGAACUUGAAGGCUCAGUUUCAGAUGGGGGGACUGAUGGUAUGAUAUUUGGAAGUUCUGAAGCUGCCAAACAGUUCAUUGAGGAGCUGGAACGUGGAGUAGGUGGUGGGUCUCACUUUGGUGUAGAGAGUUCUCAUGAUCAGUCACAAAGAAUUGAUGGCCAGAUCGUUACAGACUCGGAUGAAGAAGUGGACACUGAUGAAGAAGGUGAUGGAAAAGAGUUGUUUGAUUCUGCUGCGUUGGCUGCUCUCUUGAAAGCAGCAAGGGGAGCUGAUUCAGAUGGUGGCAAUAUCACUAUAACUUCUCAAGAUGGAUCUAGGCUUUUCUCAGUUGAGCGUCCUGCAGGUUUGGGAUCCUCACUCCGGUCUUUGAAACCUGCUUCCCGAUCAAACCAUUCCAAUUAUGUUACUGCUUCCAGUCUUUCAAGUGGUGCAGAAUCUGAGAACAACUUGACUGAUGAAGAGAAGACAAAAUUGGAGAAGUUUCAGAUGAUAAGAGUGAAAUUUUUGAGGCUCAUUCAGAGAUUAGGCCUUUCCCCAGAUGAAUCUGUAGCAGCACAGGUUCUGUAUCGGCUAGCACUUCUUGCAGGGAGGCAAACCGGUCAGCUUUUUAGCUUUGAUGCUGCCAAAAGAACAGCUCUGCAGCUUGAAGCUGAGGGUAAAGAUGAUUUGAACUUCUCUCUAAACAUCCUGGUUCUUGGGAAAUCAGGAGUGGGCAAAAGUGCUACGGUAAACUCAAUUUUUGGGGAAGAGAAGGCUAGGAUUGACGCAUUUGAACCUGCAACUAAUACCGUUAAAGAGAUUAGUGGAAUGGUGGAUGGAGUUAAGAUUCACUUAUUUGACACACCUGGCCUUAAACCUUCUGUGAUGGAGCAGGCUUUCAACCGUAGCCUCUUAUCUUCUGUGAAGAGGUUCACUAAAAAGAGCCCCACAGAUAUCAUCCUCUAUGUGGAUCGGCUGGAUGCCCAAACCAGGGAUCUUAAUGAUCUGCCACUGUUGAGGACGAUCACCAGUUCUCUUGGCCCAUCUAUCUGGCGAAGUGCCAUAGUCACCCUUACACAUGCUGCUUCUGCACCUCCAGAUGGACCAUCAGGUUCCCCUUUAAGUUAUGAGGUAUUUGCUACCCAGCGAUCGCAUGUCGUUCAGCAGUCAAUUGGGCAAGCUGUUGGUGAUCUCCGCAUGAUGAGCCCAAGUUUGAUGAAUCCAGUUUCUCUAGUUGAGAACCACCCUUCGUGUCGAAAGAAUAGAGAAGGCCAGAAGGUGCUACCUAAUGGCCAAAGUUGGAGACCACAUUUACUGCUUUUGUGCUACUCUAUGAAGAUUUUAUCCGAAGCAAGUUCUCUCUCAAAACCUCAAGAUCCAUUUGACCACCGCAAGCUGUUUGGGUUCCGGGCUCGCUCGCCGCCUCUUCCCUACAUGUUGUCUUCGAUGUUGCAGUCUCGUGCACACCCAAAACUGUCAGCUGAGCAGGGUGGCGAGAACGGUGAUUCCGAUAUUGACCUGGAGGACUUGUCAGAUUCUGACCAAGAAGACGAAGAUGAGUACGACCAGCUUCCUCCAUUCAAGCCUCUAAGGAAGUCUCAACUUGCGAAGCUUAGCAAGGAGCAGAGGAAGGCCUAUUAUGAGGAGUACGACUAUCGGGUGAAGCUCCUUCAGAAGAAGCAGUGGAGAGAGGAGUUGAAAAGGAUGAGAGAGAUGAAAAAGAAAGGCAAGGGUGCUGUAAAUGAUUAUGAUAACAUGGAGGAAGAUGCUGAUUCUGGUGCAGCUGCUCCCGUGGCGGUUCCGUUGCCUGACAUGGUAUUGCCACCUUCCUUUGAUGGUGACAACCCUGCAUACAGAUACCGGUUCUUGGAGCCAACUUCUCAAUUCCUGGCCAGGCCGGUUUUGGACACACAUGGUUGGGACCAUGAUUGCGGGUAUGAUGGUGUCAACCUUGAGCAUAGUGUAGCCAUUGCCAGUCGUUUUCCAGCAGCAGUUACCCUGCAGAUCACGAAAGAUAAAAAAGAGUUCAGCAUCAAUUUAGAUUCUUCGGUUUCCGCCAAGUAUGGUGAGAAUGGUUCAAAUAUGGCGGGCUUUGACAUUCAAACUAUAGGAAAGCAACUUGCUUACAUCAUCCGUGGGGAAACCAAAUUCAAGAAUUUGAAGAAAAACAAGACAGCUGCUGGUGUAUCUAUUACAUUCUUAGGUGAAAACGUGGCCACUGGUUUGAAGAUUGAGGAUCAGAUUGUUUUAGGAAAACAGUAUGUUUUGGUUGGGAGUGCUGGGACUGUCAGAUCUCAGCAUGACACUGCAUAUGGUGCCAAUUUUGAACUGCAGCGCAGGGAACAGGAUUAUCCAAUUGGCCAGGUCCAAUCUACAUUUGGGCUGUCUGUAAUCAAGUGGAGAGGGGACUUGGCACUGGGGUUCAACAGUCUAGCUCAGUUCUCCAUUGGACGUAGUUCGAAGGUGGCUGUUAGAGCAGGAAUAAACAACAAGCUCAGUGGGCAGGUCACUGUGCGGACAAGCAGCUCAGAACAUCUUUCUCUUGCACUCGCGUGCAUUAUUCCAACUGCAAUUUCCAUCUACAAGAAACUCUGGCCUGGUGUUGGUGAAAACUCAAUCUACUAGAUCUUGUUUAUGGCAUCAGAAAGCUUGAUGCUAGAUUGAUCAGGUUUUUAAUUUAUUUAGUAAUGCUUUGCUUAUUUGAAUACUUGUGCUGGUACUAGGCUUAUAUUUUUUUUGGCGCGAUAACAUGUAUCGAAUAUGAGAUGUAAUUGAGAAGUAUUGCUGUAAUUUUGCUAUUCAGGUCCCUGGUCAUAUAGGAUUUGGUGUUCAUGCUAUGUAAUCUCGUUGGAAGUUUCAGCUCGAUUUAUUGUAUUUGAGUUGUUUUAUUCUUCCAGAUUUUGUUCAUUGGCUACAAAUUUUGUUUCAUACAAUUGAUUUUGCACAAAGAAUUAU